AUGCUCUCCGCCACCAACACUGCUCCUAUCUUGCCACACACCAACCAGUUCGCCGUCCCCCAAGCCAUUCGAUCUACAUCCUCUCCGUCCGGAUCCUUGCCUACUCUCCAGCAUGCUCGAGCUACAAGCCUAGACCUCGACCCUGGUUCGCGCACUCAUAGCCUCUCCGCAUCGCCAUCCGCCCCUUCACACCUCCAUUCGCAACUGUACCCACGCUCUUCCAUUCUCAUCAAUCCUCGCAAACGACCUUAUUCGGGUGUUAUCUAUGCCAACCCUGCUCUCCUCGCCGGCGCAUCUACCGUAGCGGCACCCGUCGUGACUCACAUCCCUGCUGUACCCUCCCGCAAAGAACGCGAAAAGGAGCGAGAACGGGCACGAGAACGUGACAAGGAACGAGAGCGCGAACGUGAAAAGGCAAAGAGCAAGGAUGACGAAAAGAUCUGGGGUAUCCCCAAGAAGGCCCUCCUUCUCGGUCUCGGCGAUCUCAACUUUAACGCACAGAUGGCCAUGAUGGCUGGAUGGGGCCAUGGCAGUGGCGGGGCAUCCAUCUUACCGAGCACUGCAGUCACAGCCAACGAUCGCACACGCAUCCGUCCCUCGUCAUCCUCAGACCUGCCCAAAUCCGGUGCAUCCUCCCUCUCUUCCAAACGCUCUGCACACGACAGCGACAGCGACAGCGACAGCAAGCCUGAGCACGACGGCAGACGGUACGAACGAGGCAGCAGCACUCCCAAUGCCUCCAGCCAGAGCCUCGCUGUCUCGACCAACAAGUCAUCCCAGGCUGAGCGCAGCACAGGCAAUUCUCCAGUCCAUGAGCCGAUGGACCCAGAAGAGCUGGCAGCGCUCAAUGCUAUCAUCAACACUCGUCGCAGUAUGGCUGCAGCACAAGCACUCGUCAGUGGUUCCAUCGCCCUGACUCCUCCCCAUCUCCGUGCCUCCAGCUUUGGCAGCUCAGCGCAGGACCUCUCACGCCCACCACUUGAAGAAAAGCGCUUCGAAUCUCAGGAUUCCGUGCCUAGCAUGAGCUCUGUCGGACACUCGUCUGCCAGCAUCGGCAGCAGCAACUUGCCUUUAUCUCCUUCCGCCGAAAAGGGUCUUCAGCCUCCUGCCUCCAUUACCAGCUCAACAUCCACAGCCGAGAUCAAGUCGCCCCGCAUCCGCUUUGCACCUUUACCCACACCAACAUCAGCACCGUCCUUGCUCGGUAGAGCCUCCCAAAACUCUAUCCAUCCCGGCCUAGCAGAAGCACUGAUCCAAGACUCGGAAGAGUCGGAUGCCACUGACUCGGACUAUGACAGCGACGAUGAUGCCAAGUCGAUGAAGGGCAAAUGGUACCUCAUGGGCAUGCCUUCUGCCUACUUCAAGCCCGAGUACUACAUGGGCAAAAGCAACAAGCGCCGAAAUGGCAAAACCAACAGCAUCACUGGCUUUGGCGGAGGAGGAGAUGCAGAUGACAACCGUUCCGAAGACAGUCACAGUCUUAGCCGCAAGAGCACAGCAAGUCUCUCGGACGCUCACAGUCGCACAUCCGAGAACGACGAUGAGGAGCGUGGCAGGAGCUCUUCAGCUUUCAAGUCGAAGCGCAAGUCAUCACACUCCCGUCGACGCUCCCGCAGUCGUACAGGCGCUAUCAGUUCAGGCGAUGAGGAGGAGCGUGCACGCAAGAGGGAGUUGAUCCGUCGCGCACGACCAGGAGGUACCGGUAUGGUCACUUUGCCGGACGGUACCAAAAUUCGUGCUCGACGUGUCAACGACCAGCCUAGCCAGGCCGAGCCCGAGUUCAUAGAGUGGGGCUUUGCAGGUUUAGCUCGAGAAGCUUCUCGCCGCAGUCUCGGAGGCGCAAGUGGUUCGCCUUCACUGGCAACGACUCCCAACAGUUCCGAUGAUCGAGGCCUGUCAGCGUACAUGGAGGAUAAUGAAGAUGACGAGGAUGGCAUGGCUUGGGUCCGCCGACGUCGACGGGAGAGGCAAGCAAAGGCACGUCUCGAAAGCGAGCAAGCAGACAAGACUGCCACCGACGCAGCUAUGGCAGCACAGAACCCGACCAGCACUCAAGCAAGCGCAAACGUCGAUCAUGCCGACAAGACAGCGACCGACGAGGGCCACACAGCAGACGCCAGCAUCAUCUCGACUUGCGAACACGCUCAUGCCUCUCUUACUCGCCCUAGCACUGCAGACACCGCCGACAACACCGUUUCGACCGGCAUCACGGCUCCAUCCAGUGUUGAGGAACCGAUGCCCCUUUCUGCCCAUACAACAGCACAGACCGAGAACAGCGACUACGCCGAAACUUCUGCGCCAGCCACUCGUCGUCAGUCACUCUUGACUGCCAUCGACGCUUCGCGUCCAGCUGACGCCAUGGUCUCGGACGGCAACGCAUUCGUCAGCUCUCCCACCUCUGAAGAGCCACCCACACACAGUCUCGAAGCUUCCAUGCUUUCUGAAGCCUCCAAUGGCGAUUCGGCUAUGGGCGGCAGCCAGAUCUUGAGUAGACCAGCUCGCGCCAGGGCUCUGACCGAGACUGGGGUUCCAGGUGACAGCACACCUCGCCAAAACACAGGUCUAGGUCUCACCGCAGACAAGGCCGAGGAGAUUCGAAGAAGGCACGAGGACGAAGUGGCAGCUCUUGGAGCUGAGGUACUCGCUCAGACACGACGCAACAACCAGCGUCGUCAGGUCAGCGCCUCUAGUCGUGGCCUCAACACGCCUCACUACGACCAGGACUCUGCUGGCGAGCAGCCGCAACAGCAGCACCACCAGCACAUCCAUGCCUCUCCAGCGAAGAACAGCAACCGCCUGAGCCAAGCCUCGGUCGCCUCUCCACCGAUGCUCUUCAACUCGUCCAUCUUGGCCAAGUCGGUCUCGCGCGACUCUGGCUACGAGAAGAAGUCGAUCUCGCGUGCUGUUGGCUCGAUCAUGCGCAAGGCAACCAAUGACAGCGAGAAGACGGUUGGUCAUUCAAACGUUGCUCCCUUCAGGCCUGCCCACGAGGUCGCGGCUAAGAAGCACGAGAUCGCAUUCCCGCAAAUGUCGGAUUCCGUCGAACGGGAGCGCAAACACCAAGAAAUUUCGGCUGAAGCAGCCGACGCUGUACGCGGAUCGUCAAGCACCGCUUCCGACGCAGCGCAUGUCGGUUCAUCUGCAGUCCGCAGCACUUGGCCCGAGAGCAACUUGUCGCGCAAGUCUUUGGCAGUGGGUGGCUACUCGGCCUCAUCGGCCAGCAAGUCUGUUUCUUCGCUUCAGGGAGCUGGUAGCACACAUGCGCCAUCGCCCGUGUCCGGCAAGCGCAUCUCGCUCGACCCUUCCGUCAGCACGCCUGUGCCAUCGCCAUGGCUGCCGCGUCGACCCGAUGCCCGUGGUGUCUCGGUGGUCCCUCUCCCCCAGCUUGGUGUACGACCCGAGCGUCCUCGAGAGGGUCGCGUGUGGUUGUCGGACGACAGCGAUGCUUCGGAUGCAGGGGAAAACCUGAGAAUAGAGCAAGCCGAGCAGGAGGAAGAAGACGACGCCUCGGACCUGGACGCCGAAGAGCUGCUCGAGGAAGAGCGCAAAACGGUGAUGCAGAAGAAGCGUGCUACUACACGUGCAGCAGGGCAAGAGAUUGUCCAUGCACGCUUGGGCAAGAAAACCUCAGCACGAGCGCUUUCGGACUUGACUGCCUCGUACGACGACAUGGCGCUUUCCUCUUCCAUGUCGACUCGUCAACGCUCUAGACGAAAGCAGCAGCAGCGACGUAGCAGCAUGGAUCCUCGUAUGACGUCUUGCUCGAAUACAUCUCGUUCGGCUGCUGCGCCUCGCAAGACUCCACCGAGACUUGUCCGAAGCCAUCGAUCAGCCGAUGAAGAAGCUGUAGAAGAGAACGAGGAGGAAAAUUUGUGGCCUGCAGCUUCUGCGACAAGCAAGUCAGGUACGCCACGACCUCGUCACAUCCUGGUCAACUUGCCUGGAGGACCAGGGAUCUGGGACAGCAAGAAGGGAGGCGGACACAAUGCUGUUGCAGCCAUCAACUCGGUAGCAGCAGCUCGAGCUAAAGCGAUCAAAAAGCGAGCUAAGGACCGUCGUACUUCGUUCGAGUUGCCUCCUGACUGGGAUGACGAGAUGAUGGACUAUGGCUGGCCACGAAGUCUCAAGGGUUCGCUCUACUGA